ACCUGGGAGGGGUCUGUGCCUGGAGUAGGAGGAGGGUGCUGGUUUUCCCCUACUGGUAAGAAUGGGGUGGGUGGGUGAGGAAUCCCUCCAGGGUGGCACAGGAGCAAGGUGGGUGGGUGCCAGCUCCCUGGGGCCCUGGGUGCCCGAGCACCCACAACAAAAUUUAACAUGGAGGGGAACGGGCACCCACAAAUUUAGGUGCCAGGGCCAUGCUGCACGCCGCAUGGCACCCACGGCCCCGGGGACCCACGAUCGCAGGGCCAAGCUGGCCCCCCCGGAAGUGUUUUGUGGGUGCAAUGGAUCAGGGGGCAGGUUGCCUGCUUUGCAUGCACACAAGGUCCCCCAGAUUGGAUCUGCCUUAUCUGGCUUGCAAAGAGCGCCCUUCCCCACGGGGGCAGGAGACUGGGGCUGGGAAAGCGCUUCCCAGGAUCGACGCGUCUCCGCUUGUAGUUUGCUGCUUUGCCUGCAUGCAAAAGUGUUGUUGUUGUUUAGUCGUUUAGUCGUAUCCGACUCUUCGUGACCCCUUCGUGACUCUUCAUGCAAAAGUAACCCUCCCCAAGUCCAGCUUUUGGCCAAAAUCUUAGCGGCAGAGCAAAAAAAAAAAGGCCUCCAGUACGCAAAGGGAUCCGGAUUCAGUCCUUGUCGCAUUCAAACCCGAAAUUACUUGGGCGACAGACUUUGGAGGGGCAAGGAUGCUCCGGAUCCGCAAAGCAAAGUCGUAGGUAGCUCUGCCUUUCACCGAGUCAGUCCCAUCAGUACAUGCGGCUUAGCACUGGAAACAGCUCUCCAGGAUUUUACUGAUCUUGUUUGUGAGCUUGUGGAGAAUGCAGCAAGUAACCCCUACCCCCCACAAAAAAACAAUGAGAAAUAACCCCCCCCCCGAAAAUAAAAAAAAUUAAACUGUAAAGUGUCACAGCCAGGAAGGACAAAAGUACAAAGAUGCUGUACAGCACAGCUCCAAAAGGAUAACAAAGUUUUAAUGCAUACAAAUAUUUACAAAUAAAAAAGAUUCAUAAAAUCUCCACCUGUGAGUUUGAAAGAUUGGAUACUGUCUUAAAUUAGCCAGGCAUUUUGCAUAUAUUGUUGGCACUGAUAGACAAUGUGUCUUUAUAUUUGUAUAAGAUAUAAAAACAUACCAUAUACGAUAUGGGGAAAAAACAACCUCAGUCAUUCGAGCUUUGCCUUUUAGAUACUUUUAGUUUAUGAUAUAUCUUGAUUUCAAGAAGGGCAAUUUGGCAAAAGCUUGAAUACCAAUGAUCCAAAUUGUUAAUAUUAAAGGGCUUCCAGAAUUUUUGAUUCUUUGUUUUUUUCUUUUGCCUUGUUAUGUUGGCACGUUUGUUUUUUGUUUCUUUGUUAAUAAAUCCCUUUUUCAAAAAGCAAGUGAAGAAAGCUUCAUACAGUAUUAGCCCCUGGCAUGAAUAAAAAUGCAGCUAAUAAAAUGAAGCCUUUCCAGGACUCAACCAGUGUUUUCCACCUAGAAUGAUUUUUUUGUUAAAUCCAUUGGAGACUUGAGGAAUGUUUCUCAGUAAAAUGUUUUGAUCGAAGCCUGCUUCUGAUUCCCAAUGUGUUGUUUUCUUUUAUCUGCAGGGGGGGGGGGGGAAGACUGCAAGGAACAUGUGAUACAGGAUCCAAGAGCGACUCCCUGUGAAGUUUGAAGAAAGGACUUCUGUGCCCAGUCCUGCAAUGGACAUGCUUGGCCCAGUGGGGCAGGGAUCAGACUCUCAGCGCCAGCAGUUCAGGCGUUUCCGUUACCAGGAGGCCAAAGGACCCCGAGAGGUUUGCAGCCGACUCCACCAUCUAUGCCGUCAGUGGCUGAAGCCGGAGCAAUGCACCAAGAUUCAAAUCCUGGACUUGGUGAUCCUGGAGCAGUUCCUGGCUGUCCUCCCCCCGGAGAUGGAGAGCUGGGUGAGGGAAUGUGGAGCAGAGACCAGUUCCCAGGCGGUGGCCCUGGCAGAAGGUUUCCUUCUGAGUCGAGCGGAGGAGAAGAAGCAGGGAGAGGAGAAGCAGGAGGAGAGCAAUGAAUCCCCUGAAUUGAGGGAGAAUCUGCCGGUAACCUUCCAGACGGUGCUCUUUGGGGAAAUUUCGCCAGAUAAUCGAACUUGGGACACAUCACUGGGGAAUGGAAUAACACCGCUGAGGCUCCCUACAACAUCACUCUUUCACGGCGGAGCAGAAAUAGAUCCCGAGCAACCAGCUCAGGUUCUGGUGUCCUUUGAGGAGGUGGCUGUGUAUUUCACCAACGAGGAGUGGGCUUUGCUGGAUUCGAGCCAGAAGGCCCUGCACAGGGAAGUCAUGCUGGAAAAUUCUCGGAGCGUGGCCUCACUCGUUGAAGGGUGGGACAAUAAGGAUGACGACGAACUCUGUGCAGCGCCAUCGGAGAGAAAUAAGCUUCAAGACAUGGAUGAGAACUUCAGAGAUCAAGAAGGACCAAAUAAGCAGGAAGAAAACCAAACCAGGAAGUGGGGGAAUAAAUCUUUGCCUGGGCGGAACUUUCAUGAAAUUUCAGUUCAGCAGCAGAGACGAAAAGGAAAGAAAAAGAAUGUCUGCUUGCUGUGUGGGAAAGUCUUCAGCCGCAAAUCACACUUCAACGUCCACAUGAGGAUCCACACAGGCCAGAAGCAGCACAAGUGUUUGGACUGUGGAAAGAGCUUCCGGCAGAGAGCGCACCUCACCUCCCACCAAAGAAUCCACACAGGAGAGAGGCCAUAUAAAUGCCUGCAGUGCGGGAAGAGCUUCCGGGAGCGUGCACACUUCACUGUGCACCAGAGAAUCCACACGGGGGAAAAACCCUACCAGUGUUCAGAGUGCGGGAAGAAGUUCAGUAGGAGCACAAACCUCGCUUCCCACCUGAGAAAACACACGGGGGAGAAACCGUAUCAAUGCCCAGAGUGCGGAAAGAGCUUCAGGCAGCUUGCGUACCUUACUUCACACCAGAGAAUCCAUACAGGAGAAAAACCGUACCAGUGUUCGGUGUGCGGAAAGAGCUUCAACAGGAACACAAACCUCACUGCCCACUUGAGAAAACACACGGGAGAGAAACCCUAUAAGUGCACAGUAUGCAGUAGGAGCUUUUGUGAUAAAUCAGGCUUCAAUAUACACCAGCUGAUUCAUUCAAAGGAUAAGCCACAUAAGUGUUUGGUGUGUGGCCGAAGCUUUAUUCGGCGUUCGCAGCUUACUUCCCACGAAGGAAUCCAUACUGGGGAGAAGCCAUAUAAAUGCUUGGUAUGUGGAAAGAGCUUCCACCGGAGCUCCAACCUUACUUCCCAUCAGAGAAUCCACGCAGGAGAGAAACCAUAUAACUGCUCGGAAUGUAGCAAGAGCUUUUACGACAGAUCGCGCCUCCUUAUUCACCAAAGGACUCACACGGGCGAAAAACCGUAUAAAUGCCCGGAGUGUGGGAAGAACUUCAAGUGGCAUGCAAACCUUGCUUCUCAUCAAAGAACACAUGGAGGAGAAAAACCCUAUAACUGUGUGGAGUGUAGCAAGAGCUUUUAUGACCACUCCCACCUUCUUACACACCAAAGAAUCCACACGGGAGAGAAACCUUACCAGUGCUCAGAGUGCGGAAAGAGCUUCAGCCAGAGCUCGAGCCUUACUUCCCACCUGAGAGUCCACACAGAAGAGAAACCCUAUCAGUGCACAGAGUGCGGAAAGAACUACACUCAAAGAAGAAACCUGAUCAGACAUCAGAAAAUCCACUCGGGAGAAAAAACAUACCAAUGCCUGGAAUGUGGAAAGAGCUUUUAUGAUAAGUGUAUGCUUAAGAGACACCAAAGGACUCACAGGGGGGGCAGUGAACCCAUCAUGUCUUGGAGUGUCGAAAUGGCUUCCGAUGGAGAACCAAUUUUACUUCCCCUCGGUGGAUUCACACCAGAAAAGCAGUAUGUGAUUUGAGACUGAGUAACCAAUUAUGUGCUGGAGGAGACUCUUGAGAGUCCCAUGGACUGCAAGAAGAUCAAACUGAUCCAUUCUGAAGGAAAUCAGCCCUGAGUGCUCACUGGAAGGACAGAUCGUGAAGCUGAGGCUCCAAUACUUUGGCCACCUCAUGAGAAGAGAAGACUCCCUGGAAAAGACCCUGAUGUUGGGAAAGAUUGAGGGCACAAGGAGAAGGGGCGACAGAGGAUGAGAUGGUUGGACAGUGUUCUUGAAGCUACGAACAUGAGUUUGACCAAACUGCGGGAGGCGGUGGAAGACAGGAGUGCCUGGCGUGCUCUGGUCCAUGGGGUCACAAAGAGUCGGACAUGACUAAACGACUAAUCGAACCUUGGGAGCACUAGAGAAUUCACAUUGGACAGGCGCUUCCCCUCCCUUCCCCGAUAAAUACUUGGGGUGCGGAAAGAGCUUCUGUCACUGUUAGCUAUAUCGAUGCACAAAUAUUGUUAAACUUUAAUGCAGCUCUUAUUAUUAUUAUUGUUAUUAUUAUUAUUAUUAAUUUCAUUUCUAUGCCGCUUUAUAGUUUUAAGGGGAAAAGAAAAUCAAAGUGUUUUGCAACACAUUAAAAUAUUAAUGUCACCUCCUCACAGCAAGAGAUAAACCUCAAUACUACCAUGUGACGCCAUUUCCCAAUACCACAAGGAGGGGCAGGACACAAUUAUGCUAGAAAAGAAGAUACAGUGGUACCUUGGUUUUCAAAUGUAAUCCGUUCCAGAAUACCAUUUGAGUUCUGAAACGUUCGAAAACCGAACACUCGGCAGUCAACAGCUAGGCCUCAGGAUCUUGCACUCAGUGGAAGCUGAGUGGCAUGUUCGACUUCCAAGGCGUGUUAGAAAAUCGAAGCAUUUAUUUCCAGGUUUACGGCGUCCGCAAACAGAAACAUUUGUCA